AUGGAAUUGGAGUUUGCAGAACAUGAGGAUACUACAGCACAUUCUGAUGCAUUAGAUGGUGAUUUCAAGUGCAUCUACGAUGAUCCAAUGAACUCCAUAAAUGUCCUUGACGAACUGAACCAAAUUGGUCAAGACAAAUCAAUCAACAUGGCCAAGGAGGAGCAGAUCAUCGACAAAGGCUACUUCGCAAAGAGACACGAGAGAUCAGAGGUCUUCAUGCGAUACGAACAGGCUGAGAGACUCAAGAACGUAUUCAACAUCAAGGAAUUCCUGGAAGAGAGCUUUAACACGGUGUUGGAAGAAGACGAUGACGUGGUUGAGUCGUAUCCACUGGUUGCGUCUGACAUGGAUUCAUUUGUGAUGAUUGCUGGUGAGAAUGUGAAUUUCACAUCCUACGAAAGCACAAGUGGCACAAGCGUAGUGAAUCGCAUCUCAGUUGCUGGUCGCCCUUACAACCUGACUAUGCAGAAUGUAGACAAAUACAUCUGCAUCAACAUCAAGAAUGGACAAGCCUACUACUCAACAAUGAAUAGCAUUCAUAAACUAAGCAAACCGUGA